AUGUCUGCCGAAGCCGCCACCACUCCCACUGUCGCUGACAGCAACGCCAACGGCACUCCCGAGGCCGCCGCUGCUCCCGCCGCCGCUGUCGCCGCCGCUGUUGCCGCUGAGACUGCCGAGGGUGCUAACGCUCAGCCUCACUCCGCCUCCCUCUACGUUGGUGAGCUCGACCCCUCCGUGACCGAGGCUAUGCUCUACGAGCUGUUCUCCUCCAUUGGCCAGGUUGCUUCCAUCCGUGUUUGCCGUGACGCCGUUACCCGUCGUUCGCUCGGCUACGCCUACGUCAACUACAACAACACCGCCGAUGGUGAGCGUGCUCUUGAGGACCUCAACUACACCCUGAUCAAGGGCAAGCCCUGCCGUAUCAUGUGGUCUCAGCGUGACCCCGCUCUGCGCAAGACUGGCCAGGGCAACGUCUUCAUCAAGAACCUGGAUAACGCCAUUGACAACAAGGCUCUGCACGACACCUUUGCUGCCUUCGGUAACAUUCUGUCUUGCAAGGUCGCCCAGGAUGAGUUCGCCAACUCCAAGGGUUACGGAUUCGUUCACUACGAGACCGCCGAGGCUGCCAACAACGCCAUCAAGCACGUCAACGGCAUGCUUUUGAACGACAAGAAGGUCUUCGUUGGUCACCACAUUUCCAAGAAGGACCGCCAGAGCAAGUUUGAGGAGAUGAAGGCCAACUACACCAACAUCUACGUUAAGAACCUUGACACCGAGAUCUCCGAUGAAGAGUUCCGCACCAUGUUCGAGAAGUUCGGUGAGAUUACUUCUGCCACUCUCAGCCACGACCAGGACGGCAAGAGCCGUGGUUUCGGAUUCGUCAACUACUCCUCCCACGAGGCUGCGCAGGCCGCUGUCGAGGAGAUGAACGAGAAGGACAUCAAGUCCCAGAAGCUCUACGUUGGCCGUGCUCAGAAGAAGCACGAGCGCGAGGAGGAGCUCCGCAAGCAGUACGAGGCUGCUCGUCAAGAGAAGGCCUCUAAGUACCAGGGCGUCAACCUCUACGUUAAGAACCUGACCGAUGAUGUUGAUGAUGAGAAGCUCCGCGAGCUCUUUGUUAGCUACGGUACCAUCACAUCUGCCAAGGUUAUGCGUGACAGCCUGACCGACCGCUCCCCCAGCCCCGACUCUGAGGAGAAGGAGGGCGAGGCCAAGGAGGAGAAGUCCGAGGAGAAGACCGAGGAGAAGACCGAGGAGAAGAAGGAGACUGAGGAGAAGACCGAAGAGAAGGCCGAGGAGAAGACUGAGGAGAAGACUGAGGAGAAGACCGAGGAGGGCGAGGAGGCCGAGAAGGGCGAGAAGAAGCUUCUCGGAAAGAGCAAGGGCUUCGGUUUCGUCUGCUUCAGCAGCCCCGAGGAGGCCUCCAAGGCCGUUACUGAGAUGAACCAGCGCAUGGUCAACGGCAAGCCUCUGUAUGUCGCUCUCGCCCAGCGCAAGGAUGUCCGCCGCAGCCAGCUCGAGGCUAGCAUCCAGGCCCGCAACACCAUCCGUCAGCAGCAGGCCGCCGCUGCCGCUGGUAUGCCCCAGCCUUACAUGCAGCCCGCCGCUGUCUACUACGGCCCCGGCCAGCAGGGUUUCGUCCCCGCCGGUCAGCGUGGUGGUAUGCCUUUCCCUCCCAACGGCAUGGUCAUGGGAAUCCCCGGUGGACGUCCCGGCCAGUACCCCGCUGGUUUCCCCCAGGGUGGCCGCGGUAUGCCCCCCAACCAGCAGCUCCCUCCUAACUUCCAGGGCAUGCCUAUGGGUAUGCAGGUUCCCGGCGGUGUUCCCAACGGUAUGGGCUACCCCAUGCAGGGUCAGUUCGGCCGUGGUGCCGGUGGCCGUGGUCAGGUUCCCGGUAUGCCCAUGGGUAACAUGCGUGGUGGUCCUGGCUUUGGCCGUGGUGGUCCUCAGAUGGGUCGUGGCCGUGGCCAGCCCGCUCCUGCCGGUCAGCCCGCCCAGGAGGGUGCUUCCUCCAGCGGUAUCAACCACCAGACUUUCGCCGCUGCCCCCCCUCAGCAGCAGAAGCAGAUGCUUGGUGAGGCUCUCUACCCCAAGAUCCAGGUCCAGCAGCCCGAGCUUGCUGGCAAGAUUACCGGUAUGCUCUUGGAGAUGGACAACACUGAGCUUCUUGGACUGCUCGACGAGGAGGAUGCUCUCCGCGCCAAGGUUGACGAAGCCAUUAACGUCUAUGAUGAGUAUAUGAAGAACAAGGGUACCGAGGGUGAGCCGGCUGGCGAGACCAAGCCCCAGGAGGCCGCCAAGGAGGCUUCCUCGGAGGAGAACCAGUCCUAA